AGCACAAAGGGGUAGGAGACAGUGACAGGUCACAAAGGACAGUGGAGUAUAAAUAUGGCCGCACAGGGGGUGUGGGCUGAGAGAGUGGAGUUCAUAGCCUCUUGGGGAAAUAAAAAAAUCAGAGGUGGUGGCAAGGUGAGGCGGAGAGGAAGCCCACUCUACAUCUCUAUAUCCUUGAUGAGGUUCAGUCUGGGCUCCAGGCGCCCUCUAGCAUCCCCACGGCAAGCAUCUGUGCCCCAUCCCCAACCUGCCUCUGGGAGGCUGGGAGGCAAAGGGGUCCCUGUGGGUUGGGGUGGGGUUGAGAGACCUCCGUAGAGCCAUCUGUGUGACCCAGGAGCAUUACUGCUCCCUCUGCUGCCAACGAGGCCAAGAAAGAGAAGACCCAGGGACCUGCCUCGCCAGCACUGCCUGCUGUGAUACAACAAAGCCAUGAACAGGGAGUCUCCGUUGCCAUAUUACACGGCCCAGAACAGCUCCAACAUGGGCAUGUUCAAUACCACCAUGGGGAAACUGCAGCGCCAACUGCAGAAGGGAGAAUAUGACAUCUUCAAGCACGCACCUAUAUUUGAGAGCGACUUCAUCCAGAUCACGAGAAGGGGAGAGGUGGUUGAUGUGCACAACCACGUCCGCAUUCUGACCAUGGGCAUCGCGUCCACCAGCCCCAUCCUCCCACUUCCAGACGUCAUGCUGCUGGCCCGCCCGGCCACUGGCUGGGAAGAGCAUGCAGGGCGCAGCAGAGUCACCACGGGAAAAAGCCGCCAGGCUGCAAAGACCUUGGAGCUCACUAGGCUCCUUCCCUUGAAGUUUGUGAGGAUCUCCAUUCAUGACCGAGAGAAACAACAGCUGCGCCUGAAGUUCGCCACUGGCCGCUCCUGCUACCUGCAGCUGUGCUCCCCUCGGGACGCUUGGGACGACCUCUUUGCCGGCUGGGAAAACCUCGUUCACCUCCUGCAGACACCAGUGGACAGUCACAACAGUACCUACACCAACCCUGCCACGGACAUGGCAUGCGUGCCUGUGUUUGAGGACGAGGACAGGAGGAGCCAGAGAGCGGCCAAUCUCCGAGGGAAAGAGGAUCAGGACCAGGUCAGCAUCAGAAGCCUCCACGUGGUCUCUGAGGUGGCUGGGGCCACUUCUGCAGCUUUUUCUGGGGGGGAGAGUAUCCAAUAUGACUCCCACAGAUUCACUGCCAUGCCUGAUGUAGCCACCCCAAACCCAAAACCUAUGGAGCUUGACAAAGUGUCAGUAGCAGGGGUGGCAGCAGGCACCACAGCAGUCGCUCUGAGCAUGGCAAUAACCACAUCUGCUGCCCCUGAACAACUAAGCACGGUCACAGCAGGGGCAGCCACCAAGGGUCCAGGGGGGAGCAGCACCAGCAUAGCCAUUGCAGGUGCUGCCAACAUGUCCCCCAAGAGCAUUAAGACGGCCUUCACAGGUACUGCCAAUAAGGUCCCCGGGAGUCCUUCCAACACUAGCCUCUCCCCAGAGACCAGCAUGGUUGUUGCAAGGGCAAAAGCAGAGCCAACCAGCAAGACUGUUGGAGAAACAGCUAUCGGCUGUGCCACAGAACUCAUUGCAACCUUGCCCAAGGAAGGUAGUGUGAGUGAACAGGCCAGAAGGCAGCAGCGAGUGUCCCCUGCCACGGCUGAAGCCUACAAGAGCAGAAAGGACAGGAGGGAGCGAAGGGAAAGGAACAAAGCUCUCAGGAGUCCCCAUCACCUCAGGGCAAGUGAAAGCCACCAAAAGCCAGGGGGUGACAAGAUCCUUCGAAAACCAUCUAGCUGGUUCUUAGCCAGGCAGAGAAAUGACAAAAAGGAGCCACAUUUCAGCAGCCCGGGGGGCAGCAGGCCUGUUACCAUGCACAAAGGCAUCAGCUCUGCUCCCAUCACCAAGGACUCCAGGACCUCUCACAAACCAGGAAGGAGCUUGUCUACAAGUAACUCAGGUUCCACAACCAAGAGACUCAGCAGUAUCAGCUCUUUCUGGAGGAAUGUCAAAGCCAAUCUUACAACAAAAACUGUGACCUCACCACACGGCAAGGAGGUGGACAGUCUGGCUAAGACAAUGGAAAGGAACAGCAUGGAGAGCAUCAUAGAGAUAGGAGAGAGUGGCCAGAGACUGGAGAUGAUUGUCAGUCCAACAUCUGAGAUCAUGGAGAUAAUGACCUUUGAACCCUAUUAGUAGGACCCAGAAGCUGCAAAGGGGACCAGGGCUCAGGGGAGGAUCUCUAGAAAGCCUAUUCCAGCUUUCCUUACUGCAUUUUAAAUAAAGACCAUACAGUCUGAAUACAAUCG